UACACGGAUUAUUUACGGUAACGGUCAAAAUAAUGAGUGUUUACCCGGUUGUCUUUAUAGUUUUAUCCUAUUUUGUUUGGAUAAAAUGCAUUUACUAUCGACAUCGAAGCUCUUUGGUGAAGUCGUUGAAUCGUUUUAUGAACGUGUUAACAAGCAGAGACACAGUCGGCGCAGACAUCAGAGCUCUGGUUGUGACUGCGCAUCCGGAUGAUGAAUGUAUGUUCUUCGCGCCAACGAUUAUACGUCUCGUUGAGUUAAAAGCCAGCGUUCAUUUGCUGUGUUUAUCCGAAGGAAACUACUACAAUCAAGGAGCUCAGCGUAAACAAGAACUUCUCAACAGCUGUGCAGUGUUGGGGAUACCAGACUCCAGAAUCACCAUAGUAGACCAUAAAAAACUCCCAGAUGAUCCCAAAGCAGAAUGGAGCGUCUCCCUGGUCUCUUCUUUAAUUGUGAAGCACAUGAGAGAGCACUCCUUCAACAUGGUGCUGACCUUCGAUGGGAGCGGAGUGAGCGGCCAUGCCAAUCACACAGCCAUCCAUAAAGCUGUAAGUGUUAAGAAAGCUCUCAUCUUGGUUAUCGAUUGGCAGGUAGGAACAUCACACCAUUGCCAUUUACUUAUCAUCUCUUUGACAACAAUGUUUGCCUCUUCAAUAUUUUUAACCUGUAACACGGCUCUUCCCUCCAUUUACAGCUAUCUGGCUUCCACUGGACAAGUACCCAAUGACUGCCGUUUGCUCUCCCUGGUGACCGUUGGCCUCUUCAGGAAGUACAUUUCUUUCCUGGAGCUUCCCUUCAGCUGGCUGCUGCCCUGCAGCCUCCGCUGUUUCCUCGGCUCACAGGGCUACAGGCAAGCCAAAGAUGCCAUGUAUUGCCACCGCACCCAGCUCCUGUGGUUUCGUUACCUCUACAUCACCAUGUCUCGAUACAUGUUCAUCAACACGUUCCAAAUGAUCCCACAAGGUCCAAAGAACCUGAAGAUCUAUUGAGUUAUGAGAUAAACUGAUGCACUGACUGUUACUUUGUUUUCCUGCUGCCUAUCUACUAGAUAACUGUGGUGAAGAGUGAAUAAGGGUUUACAAAUCAGAUGAGCUGUUUUGCUCACUGUAAAAAAAAAGAGUUAUCAGUACUUUACUUUUUCGAAGAAGACUCAGCGUUUUAUCGUAAGCCCUUCCCAUAGAUAAUGCUGACUUUUCGUUCCUCAAAUUUUUUUAUUGUCAUUACACUGUAUAAAAGCAACACUACGGAUACAGUUUUGUAAUCUUAUGUCAAAGAUUAUUAAAAAAUACUGUAAAACAUUUUUUGAUAUUGAUGAUUAAAAUAAGCUUGAUUCUUAAAUCACA